ACAUACUUCCGCUGGCCUGACAUAAUUACAAUAUAUUGUCACAAAUGCCUGUCACAAUGAGCCCCUUGCGCCGCUAGCGAACCACAGCGCUUACUCCGCGCCCCAGCAUCGGCUCACCUCGGCUUACCGCAUACGCGCAGCGAAGCUCCAGCAGCUUUCGCUCCUAGUUCUUAAGCUACCUACUACUUCAUUUCUGCUCAGUGUAUGCAGAAAUGGACGCUGGACGCAACAUCCCUUGUUUCGUUUGCGCUUGUUGUCGCUGCGAGCGUAUCUCUUCCUGCGCCUGUCCAUGUGGCGCUGCUCGUCAGUGAGCUGGCCUUCGCGGCCACCGCCUUCUCGCGCUACAGGGCAUUCAACUCUGCCGCGCGAAAUGGCGCCGGCUCCGCUGCGAGCUGGAUCUCCUACGUCGCCACACGCCUGCUGCCCACCGCCUACGCCUCCUCCCCCUCCUCUCCCACUUCCUCCUAUGAUGAUGAGUGCGGCGGCGACCAGGCAGAGGCGGCGGCGGCCAAGCUGUUUGAUGAGUCCGAGGGCCAUCUUGGCCUACUGGAGGGCGGGCACCUGAUCACGCAGUGGUUCGCCGGCCUGGCCGGACCCCACCAACUCAAGCCCAGCCACGUGACUCAGCUGCUGUCGUACCUGCUGCUGCUGCCGCUGUCCGGCGCCGCUGAUUCGUCAUCUCCUGCUGGUGCUCCCGCCCAGUGCCCGCGCGUGCGAGCCUGGGCCUCACGCCUGAUGACCAUCCUGAACCUGAACCCCUCCAACAAUGCCAAUGCCAGCCACGACAACAACGCCUCGGAGGACAUCUCGCCCGCCGCCGCUACCGCCACGACUCAGGAGGAGGAGGCCCGGCUGCUUGCCUGCAACGCCGAGCCGCUCACCGCCAGCUACCGGCCCUUGGUGUUCUACCUGCUCAUGGAGGCCGUUGCCGCCGCCACCCACGUGGCCCUUCGACUGAUGGGCUUCCGCGCCGCCGCCACGCCCAACGGCUGCGCCCAGGUGUACGUCUGGACGCCGCCCGCCGCCGCCGCCGCCACUGACGCCACUGACGCCACGGCCGCUGAGGAGACCGAGCCCUUGGUCUUCCUGCACGGCAUUGGUCUGGGCCUGACGCCGUACGUGCGCAUGCUGGGUCGUCUGGUGGCGGGCGCCGCCGGCCGCCGUGCCGUAUACGCGGUGCAGUACAAGCACGUGUCCAUGCGCCUCACCACCCGCAUCCCGGCGCCGCACGAGGUCGCCGCCGAUGUGGGCGCCUUUCUGAUGCGCGAGGGUGUGACGCGCAUGUCGGUCCUGGCCCACUCGUACGGCACACUGGUCGCCUCGGCGCUCAACAAGGCCGCCGCCGCCAACCCCGCCGCCGCGCCCGCCAUCACCCGCCUGACCCUGGUCGACCCCGUCUGCUUCGCCAUGUUCCUGCCGCACCUGGUCCGCAACGCCAUCUACCAGCAGCCCGUCGUGGCCGCCGCCACCGCCGCCGAAGCUGCCGCCGCGCCCGCCGCCGCCUCGGUUGGCGGCGGGCUGCUGCGGCAGCUGCUCAAGGGCCUCGUGGUGGCGGAGUUCCACUGCUCCGUGGCCCUUCGCCGCCGGCUGGACUGGACCACAGUCAAUCUGUGGCCCUCCGAGCUUCCAGCCAACUCCACCAUCGUGCUGUCGGGUCGCGACAACCUGGUGCCGGUGGCCGAGGUCCGCCAGAUCCUGGCCAACCGCGCCAAGCGUGUCGCCUCCGACGCCAACGCCGCCGCCUCCCUGCCCACCGUGCUCCACCACGCCCACAUCGGCCACGGCGGCUUCCUGGUCGACGCCGACGUGCAGUCUGGCGUGCUAGCGGCGGCUCUGGGCGUGCCCGCCGCCACCUAUGCCGAGCGCAUUGCCGCCGCCACCGCCGCCGCGGCCGCAGCCUCCGCCGCUGCUCCGGCCACCGCCGGUGCCACCGCCGCCGCCAGCGCUGAGAAGCCGGUGGCGGCUGCCGCCACCGCCGCCGAGGCCGCCGCCGCCGCCGCCAUGGCUCCGCCCAACCCGGUCGAGAUGUUCAUCGCCGCCGUGCACAGCUUCGCUGCCAAUGCCAACCUGCUCGCCGCCGCCGCCGCCAGCAACAAGACCGCCACGCCUGCUGCUGCCCCCGCUGCUGCUGGCGCUGACGUCGCGGCUGCUGCGACCACGGCCGCCAAGCACGUGGCGCCACCGACACGCGGCCCGCCCUGUCGACGCCGGCUGCCGCUGCAGCUCCUGCGCCGGCUGCAGCAGAAGCAGCAGCAGGCGCAGCAGGGCCUGUCCGGCCCAGGGGCCGACGCCACCGGUGGCUGUAGCGGCCGCGGCCCGGCGCCCGGCCUGCCCAUGGGCUUUCCGGCUCCAGAGCUGCAGCUUGUUCCUGCCUUCGCGUACAACUCAUCCGCAGUUGCAGGCUGUAGCGGCAGUAGCAGCGGCACGCGUCACCAGCAGCAGCACCCCUACACGCACAGCGUGCCCACGCCCGGCCACCUCUGGAUGGUGGAAGAGGGCCGCCGCGCCAGCUUGCAGCACGCCACGCCCAGCAGCGGCUACAGCCGCCACCAGCACCACCAAGCGUCUGCUGCUGCAGCCUACUCCACUGCCUCGGUGUUACGGGGCUGUAGCAGCAGCGCCGUGGGCACGGUCGUGCGCCGCAAGCUGCUGGCGUCGGCGGCGGUUGGCUCGGCGAACGUGGCGUCUGCGGUGGUGUCCGUGGCUGCCCGCCGCGGCGGUGUCGCGCUGCCGCGCUUCUGCUGGUGACGCUGAUGGUGGUGCAUUGGGGGGGGCGGUGUGCCGCUGAGGCGGGUGGUCGGUCCUCGGGAAGUGAUGUGUGCAGGUGGCUGGUGUGUGUGUGUGUGUGUGUGCUUGUGCUUGUGCUUGUGCUUGUGCUUGUGCUUGUGCUUGUGCGCUGUGUGUGAGAUCGCGAUGGUGGCACGGACGGGCGCGCUGUGGCGUGCCCGUGUCAAGUUGAGAGAAGAUCGAGCGACAUGAAUGCCGUCCUCAUGUGUUGCUGCUACGCUACGGACAUUCCGGGACCCUGUACCAAUAGUUGUCAAUGCCUCGGCGCCUAGCUAUCUUCUUUGGGUGGGUCACUAAGGCCCACACGUCACACUGUGUAGUGUGUGUGUAAGUGAGUGUGUGUACGUGCUCUGGAGUACAGCGGAAACAGCAGUAGUGAGAGCGAGAGGCUGCUGGUAGCAGGUCGGGCGUUGCGUGGCAGGAGGCUGGGUAAGUAAGCCCAGAUGCACGCGGUGAUUAUUAUUUGAGGCUUGAAUCUUCAUAUCGGAACGCACACAACAGCAGGUGUUCCGCCAGAAAUGCAGUUCAUUCGUGGUCGUAAAGUUGCCGGUCGCGACCCUGUGUGUUUCCCUCGCCUCCUGCCACGCGCGUGUGCGCGGCUCAAGUGGACUAUGAAGUUUUGACGGGACAGUACCGCACGACAUCAUGCCUAUAUAAAUCCUUUCUCGGCUGCUGGUUCCGGCGAUGUUGCCAGUUGGCGGUCUGUGUUUGGCAUUUCUUCAAGCUGCGGGUGUGGCGGCCGCGGGAGCUGGUAUGUGGCUCUCGAGGGGGGUCACGGGCUGUACGCCCGUGUGCGCCGAAGUGGGGACUUGAUGUACAAUACAACGGCACAUAGAGAAAUAAGAGAAUGAAGAGGUGCCAUAGACCUUGGACCGAGUCGACCGAGCAUGUGAUGAGGCGUGCAGGGUUGGCCUGCUAACGUGACACCUCAAACAAGUGCUUCAUGCCCUGCUAGACGGUUUGCUGACUUGAGAGUGAUAUCCCAAUUUAGUGCUGAAGACGCCACAUGGCCUCGAGGAGUGGAAAGUAAGCGAUGAGCCUGGGUAGCGGCGAGUGCCAUGCAUGUGUUCCGAGCAAAGGGGGGGUCGUGGUGGCCGCGCUGUGGCCCACACGACGUCCCCGCCGUCCACCCCUGUAAUGAUACGAGAGC